AAGGUCGAACACUUGCCAUCAUGUCUUUGAGAAUUCUAGUUACCGUCACUGCUGUCGGGUUCUGGGUUCUGUGCACACUCUGCCCAACACCAGCCGCAUAUGGGCCACUGAACCAUGCCUGCUGUGUGAAGUACACCCGCACCCCUCUGGCCUUCCGUGUGAUCAAAGGUUACUAUGAGCAGGACCCCCGGGAGGUGUGCCGCAUCAGUGCCAUUGUAUUUUUCACCAAGCGCAAUAAGAAGGUGUGUGCAAGCACGGAGGACGAGUGGGUGAAAAUUAUUUUGAAACGUUUGAGUGAUAAAAUGAAUAAAAUUUCAAGGCAGCAGUCUAAGCAUGCUAUCACUGACACCAGCAAAUUCUCAACUUGGACCACCUUCAGCAACUCGUAGAGGCUCUUCAUGCAACAUUACCUUCCAACAGUAGCUCCUUUUUGUGGGUGUUUUUUAUUAACAAAUAUUUCAGUUAAAUACUCUUCUUCUAAUCUUUCUACUACUUUUCUACUUUUUCUCUUGUUAAUUUUGUUAAUGCCAUUUCAAACCUUUUGGUUAUAGUACUGUAUUGUAGAGAAUUUAACUUUUUCCACUUCUUAUUCUAAAAUAAUGGAUAACUUGUAUUACUAGCAAUAUGAGUAAAAAAUAGACUAGACACACUCUGUAUGACCUGACUCUUAAUCUGUUAAAAUAUCUUCUAUGAUGAUAUCUAAUGUCUCAAAACUGUCUCUCUAAAAUACAUCAACUGAAUCUUUACUUCACAUUUGCUUUGCAGUUUCAGUUAAACAAACGUAACUUAAAGGGUACUAAACUAAAAACUAAAAAAUAAAUUCUAUACUACAGUG